AUGCCCGCGCCCUUCUCGUUAUGCUGCAGCACCCUCGGAACUGUUGGCUUGUACCUCUACUUUCACCGCUCCAAAGUGGCCGAAGUAUCCAAGGAUACAACCUUUCCGCGCCACAAGCAGACGAGAGCGAGCGGUCAGGGCUCCAACGCGCCUGUUGUUACUGCAGACGCGCCCACCACCGAAGUUAAGGGCAGUUACUACGCCGAGCCCGUUCCAGCCACCGGCGGAGUCGUCAUGCUUCUGUACCCGCAUCUCAACAAGGGCGAACGCGAGCAUCUCGAGAACCUCACCGUGCCACACAACGAGGGUGCGUUUGGCAGGACCAUGAAGCAGGCCGGUGCGUGCGAUCAGAUGAAGAAGAACCGCGAGAGGGGGGAGAGGCUGCAAGAGCGCGAGGAUGUGGACAAGUAG